CCUGAUUGGGCCUCUGCAAGGCGUCGUACAAGAAAAUUCCCCGGGAAUGAUAGGCGUCAUCAGCAAAGCAGCCGCAAACAAAUAUGUCACCAACGUCUUUCUUCAGAAUUCGCUGAUACAGAGUCACCUCCAGCUCAUUCAGUUCCCAGAAGUCCCUCACAAAGGACAUCUUGAACAUUGGAUCAAGGAGUUGCAUGUGGUCAGGGUAUUUGUGCCCUCCAUCCAGACGGAGCUGGGAGAAGAAGUUGGCAGCAUUAUUGUCAGGACCAGGCUACACUUAAGUGCUAAAUUCUUCUUCGGCAAGCAGUUUGAACAGAUCGAUAUCUUCAUCGAUGUGAACUUCAAACAGGAGGCCAGUUUUUUCCACUUCGUGCUGGGCGUCGUCGAUCUUUCUUUUGGCACCUGCCGUAGCGACUUCAAAAUUGCAAGGAUAAUCAGCUCUUCCCGCCUGCAAGUAGCUAAAGCGAAGCCCAUUGUAAAAUCGGUCCUUGCAUCGUCCCUGCCCAGGUUGCUUUGCGAAACGCUGCAGCGGCUCCAUCAAAUCAUGAGGUUCGAUUAUCUCUUCACGGUGGAUGCAUUUUAUCACAUGGGCUCCACGGCCUCCAUCCAAUAUCAGCUGGCCAGGAAACCAUUGAUCACCUCGGCUUACUUCGUCUUCGAAAUGCACAUGAUUCUUCGGGUCAAAAAUCACUUCUUGACCAUUCCUUUCAACCCAUCCCCCAUCCCACUGCCCUCGCUGAGGAACAAUGCCAUCAGCCUCGGCCUCACUCAAGACAGCCUGAAUAUGAUUUUGGGAGUCCUCCUUCAGAUCCCAAAGCAAGAGCUGAUCUUCACCAAGGAAACGUUUUCUGGCGCCGCUGAGCUGAUAUCUGUUAUUACCGAUCUUUUUUCACAUCGAAAGUGUCCAAAGUGUCCUGUCAAUUCUCCCCUGAAAAUGGUCAUCACUUUGGUUGGAACGAAGAGGAUCGUUUUGCAGCCCAACUCGAUCAUACUUCGCCUUUCAGUCGAGAUCUCCAUCUUGGCCACGAGUCAUUCUGGGGGCCCCCACGGCCUCUUUGUUCUAAGGGCUAACCUAGCUCUCGGGCUUCAUGCUUCAGUCCACGACAACAAGCUGAUGUUCUACUCCAAAAUAACCAGCUUGGACCUCAUCCUGGUUUCUUCAGAAUUUGGACCAAUUGAAGUCUCUGGUCUUGUGAAGUGGAUCAAACUGCUCCUGAUAGAAACCUACCUGCCUGAGAUUAAUGACCGCCUGAAUACCGGCAUCCCACUGCCUUCUCUGCUGCACGUUAGAGUGAAUUAUCCAGUAAUUGAGAUUAUACAGGGCAUGAUCGUCUUCUGCGUGUGAAGCGACGGCCAACCUCGCAGGCCAGAGCUGCUCAGCCUGACCCACCAAGAGGGACAUCACGGCAAGACAGAAAAACUCACCGCUGUCCUAUCUUUUAUCUCCCACACCUGAUUUAACCCUUUUUAAUGGGGGCACGUUAGGCAUCCUGGGUACCUGGGCUAGUCACCUUUCCUCUUCAGACAGGGGAUUAAUUGUGGGGCCAGAAAAAAAUCCAACCUGUAGCUAGUUUCAUCCUUCCAGCCUUCCCUUUUUUUCUUUUUAAAAGUAGAAAAGUGGCGUCUCAAAGAAAGAAAAUAAAACGAAAAUCAGAACGAUAGAUAAGAUCACCAGAGGCUGAUUGAUUAAUUUUCCCCCUCUUUAACAGAUCAACAGAGUUGGGAAGGGUCCUCGUAGGUCAUCUAGUCCAACCCCCAGCCCAUUGAUUAGCCUCCUCUCAGUUUAAUACAGGUGGUCCUUGACUUGCAACAGUUUGUUUAGUGACCCUUCAACGGCAGUGAAAAAAGGAACUUGUGACCGGUUUUCCACACUUACGACCAUUGUGGCAUCCCCGGAAUCACGUGUUCAAAAUUCAGACGCAACUGACUCAUACUUAUGACAGUUGCAGUGUCCCUGGGAAAUCACGUGAUUCCCAUUUGCGACCUCCUGACGAGCAAAGUCCAACAACCAUGUGACUCAUUUAACAAUUGCAAGUGAUUCGCUUCGAUUUUAUAAAUUGGGUGUUUUAAUCUGUGUUUCGGCCAAAAUAUUUAAUAAUUUUAAGGGACUUUUAAUAUUUGUAUUAUCUGUAUUUUAUCUUGGCUGUUCACUGCCCUGAGUCCUCCGGAAGUAGGGCAGUAUAGAAAUUUUAAUAAUAAUAAUAAUUAUUAUUAUUAUUAAAAUUUCUAAGCAGCAAGAAAAAAUCACAAAG